AUGAACAUGUAUCCGACGGACCGUAGUUUGUCGGCUCCGUCGCAUUUUCGCUUCCCGCCUCCUCUUCGCCCCUUUCGUCGAUCCGGCGACAUGGCGUCAACUCCUGUUUCGUCGAUUGCCUCCUCGGCGACCAACGUCGCCGACGUGUUGGCGUCGCUGGGCAACGACGAGUUGGCGGCGGAGGUGGGGAGCUGGUCGGCGGAGCUGCAAGCCAAGGUGGUGGCGGCAGUAUCCGCCCUUUCUUCGACGCCAACAUCGACAUCGGCGUCCACAGCGGUCCGGCGCCGCAAGAGCAACAAGCUCGACGCGGCCUCCUCCUCUACGGCGGCGUCAUGGCUGGCCCCGGCGGUGGCGCCGGCUGAACUCACGGCAGAGCUCGCCGCCAUCCAAGAGAGCGACCGAUCUCCGGCGGCGACAACCGUAGCCGACGAGGAGGUGAUCAACUUCGGCGCCAUGCAGACGCCGCUGGGCAACCCGCCCGUCGUCAUGGUGGAUGUCAGCGGCGCCAUCGGCCCGGACCUCGGCGGACCAGGAGACGGCAGCGCCGAUACUGGCGGCCUCAGCGGCGUUGCAGGCGGCCACGGCGGCGUGGUCGGCACGACCUCGGCGCCUACUGCCACUACUUCGUCCGCUACGGCAUUCUUGGCGGCGGCUGGCGGCGAUGGCAGCACGACAUCGGCGCCUAUUACCACGUCACCUACGCCCAUGCCGGCGAAAGCCGGGUUUUUGGCAGCCUACGGCGGCGAUGAGGGCCCAACAACGGCGCCGGCGCCGGCCACACCCACAACGGCGCAGCCGAAGCCGACGGCACUGCCGCCGCACCCAUCGGCGCAGCCGCAGUCAAAGGCUCCGCCCCCCCCGUUCAGGGGGGACAACAUCGACGCUUCGUCUGCUGCGUCGCCCGAUGUGCCGGCGGAGGUCCUCAUGGCGAAGCGCCCGCCGGCGGAGUUGCGGCUGCCCGGCCCAGAGCCGGCCCCGGCGCAGCGGAGACCGGCAACUGGGAAAGAGCCGGCGAUGGUGAGGCCGGAGCGGCCCGGCGGUGUCAGAUUCAACACGGCGGUCUUUGUGCCGGACGUCGACUGGCCCGCCUACAAGCGGCGGAUGGAGGGCCGCGGCGCAUGGUCCGUCGAGUUGCUGCCCGAGGACCUCGAGCUCCUGGCGGUGCCCGACUUCGCCGCCCUCCAGCGGCUGUAUGCCGGCGCCGGCACCUUUUUAGUGCCAUACUCCCCGGCGGCCAAUGCGUUCUUCAUUCGGCGCCUACCUCCCGACCAGCGCGGCGGGCGCAUCCCGAAGAAGCAUGCCAACCGACGCGUCGCUGGGUGGUGCGGUGAUCGGCGGCUCUUCGGCGUCAUCGGCGACUUCGGCAUCCUCGGCUUCAUCACGACGGGUGCCUUUGGUCGUGUGCCGGCGUCACCUGCAUCGACAACAUUCGCCGGGGCCCUGUGCUUGACGGCGUCCCCCCCUGAGCAUUUGGUACAGAUCGUCGAGGCAAGUCAGGUGACGGCAUCGGCCGGCCAGUCGCAGCUGGCCACUCAGCCGUGGCCACCCAGGCCCGACGCCCCUAUCCGGAGACCGGCGUUGAGGGCAUCCUUCUCGGCAGGGCUGGAAGCGGCGCAACCGGCGAACAGAAAGAGGGCGCUCGACAACCUCGACGAGGGCAUGCUCGCCAGGUCGUCCCACCAGCCCGUCAAGUCUCGCCUGAGGACUUGGCGACGAUACGCGGCGGCGUGGGAGGUAGAGGGCGUCGCCGUUUUCCGCUUGCUCAGGGACCUCGGCCUCACGGCGACCCAUGUGGCUAUCGACGUGCCGCUCCACAAGACGGCCCCUAACGGCGAGUGCGUCAUGACACGCCGGCCUGGAGUGCGCGUGCGGCGUGCAGGUACAGCGGCUUGCCCAUUCCACGCGGCUCGCUUCGGCUGCGCCUUCGAGGGUCCACCGGGCAGGACGACCCGCUACUGCCGGCGCAGGACGGCGGUAACGCGGCGAUGGGCCCAGGGGGUGGCCCUCGCCAGCUCGCGCUACGUCUCAGAGGGUGGACCGCGCACCGAAGCGGCGCUCGGGGCAGAGGGUCCUCGGGGAGACGGCGUGGUAUACGUACCGCCGCCGAACGCACGCCUGGCGGCACAGGCGGAGCCGACGCUGGUAAUGCACCCGCGGACGCUUAAGGUACACAAGGCGUCGCCCAAUGAGGCCGACCUCGAAAGAGCCGAGUGGGUGACCCCCUACGGCCGCUGGUACUAUGGGGCUAAGAACUUUUACCGGCUCGACGGGAUGUUUCCCGACGCGGACGCCUGCCUCCGCUGCUUCCCGCCGCCGGCAGAGCCGGCUGAAGACGACGUGCCACCGGCACAGGCAGAGGAGAGGUGCGACCAGGGGGAGUCGUCCUCGUCGUCGACCGUGGCCGAGUCAUUGGCGGAGUCCGGCUCAGACUCGGCCGCUGUCUUAUCGUCGCCCCCCAUGGCUGCCACCUUGACCCUGGCUAUGGCGGCGUCCUCGAUGAUAGCCUUCGCGGACCUGGCUCGUCAGGCAGGGGCAGGCCCCCCGCUCGUCGACUACCUGACGGCGAAGGGCUUGGACCGCACGGCAACCCUCGCGCUCAUCGUCGACAACGUUGCCGACUUGGUCCGCCAGGUCGUCGAGCCAUUCACGGCGGGGUGCACUAUCAACGGCGCGCAGGCAAUGGGACAUAGCCAGGCGCCUCCCCCGGCCACGGGCACCGACCUCGACGCCCACAACGACGGCAAGAAGCGGCGCUUCCCCGAGAACAUGCUCGCCGGCGCGGAGUCCGUCCUGGCCAGGGUGCAGGGAUCGUCGGCGGCGGCCGGCCAGGCGCUUCGACUUGUGAACGGCGAGGUGGUCUCGGUCGAGGAUCCCCAGUGGGCUCCACGGUCUCUGCUGGCGAUCAUCGACGGCGUCGACGCGGCCAGGUGGGCCCUCAUACUCGUCGAGGUCGGCAAAGAAGAGGACGUUAACAUGUUCGCCGACUGGUUCGUCGCCAAUCCCACCAAGCUCGACCAGGUGAAGCGGCUGUGGCUGAAGGCGUCGUGGGCCAUUGCCUUGGGAAUGCGGGCCGGCAAGACGUUCAAGGAGAUGGCGGCAGAGGUCAUCUCCGACACGGCGAUGUUCAACGAGGUCAUGGCAUACGUCGAACCGGCGCCCAAGCGCAACCCGGCCAAUGGCAACACCAACGACGACGACCAGCACCGCGUCGCGCUUGAGGCAGGGGCCGCGGCGCCAACCGCCAGUACCGGCGCAGGACCUACGACGACGACUACCGAGGCAAUCGCCGCGGCGGUGGCGGCAACCGGGAUCGACGGGGUGACCCGUGCAGAAGACCGCGACGAUCGAAGGGAGGACCGCCGAGACGACCGUCGAGAUGACCGUCGGGGAGACCGAGAUCAAGAUUGGCGGCGCGGCGGCGGCAGAGGCUGCCGCCAGCAGUAUCAACAGUGGACACACGACGAGGAUCGGCAAGGCGACCGUCGCCAGUGGGACGCCUGGGGGCAGCAGUCGGGGGCCACCGGCGGCGACAAGGAGAUCAUCCUCCUCUCCUUCUUCGACGGGAUCGGCGCGGCGCCCUACAUCCUGGACCGGCACUUCGGGAAGUUAAAGGCGGCCUUUGCGUGGGAGAUCGACGGCGCUUGCCGGAGGGUGGCCGAGGAGCGCCUCCCUUGGCUCAAGCAACGGGGCGACUUGACUAAGGACUCGGCAGAUGACGUCGCCAGCAUCAUCGAAGAAGUCGACCCCGGCGGCGAGGCGAUCAUCGUCGUCACCAUGGCGCCGCCAUGCCAGGACUUCAGCCUGAUCAGGUCCGACGGCCCGGGGCACCGAGGCAAGAACGGCGGCCUCUUCCUAAAGGCGACCGGCUUUGUCGACGACAUCAAGCGGCGCCUGCCGCGUCGGAGGUUCGGCACCCUCGCCGAGAACACCACCAUGCGGAAGGAGGACGCGCAGAUCAUCUCCGACGAACUCGACUGCCAGCCGGUCCUGGUCUGCGCGAGUGACAUAUCCCGGCCGCGUCUGUUCUGGUUGUCUAUCGACUGGUCCGACGUCCGACAAGACCCGGCGACAGGAGCCCACCUGGUAUGGUCAGUCCAGGACGGCUGGGACCGCCUGCGGCUUGACGCCACGCGGCUGUCGACCGACGACUUCGACCUCGCCGGCCUCAAGUUCCACCCCGCGGUCUUUUGCGGCAGGCGGUGCAUGCCAUGCUCCACCACACCGGCGCCAGAUGAGAACGGCCGACCGGCGCCUCGCAACCAGCGCGGGGAGGCGCUCUUGGAGGACGACGGCGGCCGGCUGGUGGUGCCGCCCCCCGACGUCAAGGAGCAGCUCCACGGCGCAUCGACUGGUGGGAAACGCUGGCACUGGGGCGUGGCACCACGCUGCUCCACCAUCGACUUUGUGGCCGGCAUCCUCAAACCCGGCCUCUCGAUGGCAUGCCGGCCGCCACAAGCACCGGCAGCCGCGCCAGAACACGGCGUGGGCCCCAUCGUUUUCUGGCAGCUUGCGGCCGACAUGGCCCACCCGACCACGGCUCGGCCGGUCCUCGAGCCUGCUUCAGAGUUCUUGCUCGUCAUUCGGGGCCAACUCCGCCACGACAUCCAUAGAAUCCGGCGGGAGGUGCGGCAAGAAAUCCAGCAGCUCAUCGAGGACGGUCCUCGUCCUCCUCGACCUCUGCGACGCCUGGACUACCCCGACAUGAACGGCAUAACCGACGACCUCACCAACGGCUUCGACAUGGUGGGCAAGGUGCGGCCAGGACCAGGAUGGCGCAAGCGCACCGACGGCCGGUACAACGACCCCGAGCACAUGCAAGACGUUUGUCGACGCAACCGGCAGUAUGUGCAGAACCGGCUGCAACGGCCCACCCCGUCGCAGCACGCCAAGCAGCUGCUCCAGGAGCUGGUCGAGGAGCAGCGGCUGGGCAGGGUGGUCGGCCCUUUGAGAGCACCGGCGGACUGGCCAUGCCAGACGGUGGCGUUGCCCCACAUCAGUGGCUGUGACGCCCUCCUCGACGCCCCGGACACCGACCUCGUCGCCUUUGGCCACGACAUGCUCAAUGCAUACCGGCAAUGGCCGGUACGGCGACCAGAGCACUGCGCCACUUUCCUGCCGACUGCGGCGGGGGUCACCCUGUGGAUGCACAUGGCCAUGCGCUUCGCCGCGUCCGUCUGGAACUUCAACCGGGCAGCCGACGCGGUCCAGCUGGUGGUGCGGGCCCUGGUCCUCCUCCUCGGGGGCCACUACUUAACGCCGUGGACUUCAACAACCUUGCCGACUCCGCCUUCGACACCUUCGACGGCGUAUUCGGCCAUGAUUCGCGAGGUACUGGACACCGGCGUCCUCGACCCACCGGCGGCGCAGCGCCUAUCCGGCAAGCUCGGCUUCCUCACCCAGGCGGUGUUCGGGCGGACGGACACCAACCUUACACGGAAGCUGGUCGACGCGCUCCUUGCGUCGGCGGCACUUCUGGACCACAUCCAACCCAGGUUCGUCCCGUACAGCGAGCCCAGGUCGACGCAGGCCACUAUCUUCGCAGACGCGUUCUUCGUCGACCAAGGCCGCCACAUCAAAGCUGGACAUGUGCCCAACGACGCCGGCAGACAUCGGAACCAGCGUCGCCGCAACGGCUGGGGCUACGUCGUACAGAUCGACGACCAGGUCUUCUAUGACUUCGGCGAGGCACCGCCCUGGUUCCUCGACGUUUUUGCGGAGCGGAAGGCCUUCAUCUACGCCCUGGAGAUCCUCGCACAGGUCCUGGCCAUUGCCACGUUCGCCGCUCGACUGCCGCCAUUGUGGACGGCUUACAUCGACAACGUCGCCGGCCAGUGCGCCCUCACCAAGGGCUACGGCAACAAUGGCGCAGUCAACGGCAUGGUGGCCGCCAUGUGGGGGCUUGCGGCCGCGCAAGCAUGGGCACCCACUUCGAGCGGGUACCAUCGGCAGACAACAUUUCCGACGCUCUCUCCCGGGGACGAGAUCCUCCAGAUCCUCUACCAGGCCGGCACCUCGACGCAGUACGCCACGGCCUCGGCACCGGCGGAGCUGCUCAACAUCGCCUUCUGA